GCUCCGUCAACCUCACUCCAAACAGCCGCGGCAUCAAGCGCAAGAAGCCAUGCCUGAGCCAGCCAAGUCCGCCCCCAAGAAGGGAUCCAAGAAAGCGGUCACCAAGACCGCCAGCAAGCCCGGCAAGGGCAAGCGAAAGAGGGGAAGGAAGGAGAGCUACGCCAUCUACGUGUACAAGGUCCUGAAGCAGGUCCACCCGGACACCGGCAUCUCGUCCAAGGCCAUGAGCAUCAUGAACUCGUUCGUCAACGACAUCUUCGAGCGCAUCGCCUCCGAGGCCUCCCGCCUGGCGCACUACAACAAGCGCUCCACCAUCACGUCCAGGGAGAUCCAGACCGCCGUCCGCCUCCUCCUCCCCGGCGAGCUGGCCAAGCACGCCGUGUCCGAGGGCACCAAGGCCGUCACCAAGUACACCAGCUCCAAGUGAGCCCGUCCGGAUUCGUCCCAAACCAACGGCUCUUUUAAGAGCCAC